AUGAGUUUAUCAAAAGUGCAAUUGUUUUUACAUAGGAAAGACCCCUCUACUAGGUUACAUCUUCUUGCACUCGAUGUUGACAAUCAUACAUAUUUUAAAGUAUUGAUUUCUAAUCCUAAAGAAAUUAUUGAUCGAGGCAAUGAACGCAAUUACAAAAGCUUAAAAAAUAGUUUUAUGAUCUUUAAAAUUGAUUGUAGUGAAGCAUUUAAGGUUGCAAAAAUGAAUAAAAAGUUUCGUCAACACUCUGAAUCUUUUAAAGACUUUUCCCUGCUCUGGAAUAUAUCUUCAAGAGAGAUUAAAGAAGAGUAUGAAAAUAUUUUUAUAGGUUACAAAGAUUUAUUGCCGAAAGCUCUUAAUUUUAUUUCAUGUAUUCCUCGAGUAAAUACAACUGAAUGUGUGUCACUGGAUCAUAUUUCAACUUUUCAACCUGAAGUUACUCUAGAUACCUUGUCUGAAAUAAGUUCUUAUGCUAUGGGUGAAAAUGAAAGUUUGUUAGGUUAUAUGCAUUACGAUCAUAAUAUUCCGACACAAAUGAUACAAACUCCUGUUCCUGUCAUAAAUCAAUUGGACUGGUAUGGCUCACCUCAUGAUAUGUUGAAUUUGCCACUCUUUAAUGAACUUUACACGCAAAAUUUUGAAGAAGACCAAAUACAAAUGACAAGUUCAGCAGCUUUUCUUUUCGCUUGGUCGUCAAUUACGGGAAUUACAAACGAUCUCACAGUUGCAAAUACAACAAGAACUGAAGAAGGUUAUGAAGUCAUUAAUAAAACAGAAGCAGUUUACGAAAAAGCCAAAGAGGGAUGUGAACCGAUUUUAGAGAAAGCAACAAAAAGACUUGGUGAGUUGCGAUUGAUUAAAGAGUCCCAACCCGAUGAUUAG